AGUUCAAGAGCUUGUAUGAAAAAAUUCAAAACAAAUUACAAUUAUUUUUGAAUGUUCUUAGUUUGCUCUUAGAUUGAAAGCUUUGAAGACGUAUUUUUGAGCAUAUUCAUAUAAGCUGAUUUGUCAAAUUUAGAGGAUCAGCGCAAUUUAAGGUUGAAAUAUUUGAAAAAAUGAGAUAUUUUCAUUUAUUCAUCACAUGCUUACUCAUCAUCAAUUCAUCCAACUUAUCAACAACAACUGACAUUAAAUGUCAUUAUUCAGCUUCAAGCUACUUCAUUUUAGGUAGUGUCUACGCCUGUCAAGUUGAUCACAGUUCGCACAUAAAAACUCGAGAAUCAGCAAAAAUUACUUCAGUCAAUGGACAGCAUUUGAGUGCAAAGACUGACAUCGAUGUGGUUGGUAUUGAGGCUACUGGCAUGGAAAUUCAUUAUUUUCCCCAAAACUUACAAAAUUUAUACCCGAACUUAAAGUUGAUUCAUUUUGUGGCAUGUCCAAUUGAGGACAUUUUUCAAGCAGAUUUAAAAUUUUAUCCAAAAUUAGUUUUUCUUUAUAUUGCAAGGUGCAAUGUUGAGGUCCUUGAAGCUGGUUUAUUUGAUUUUAAUACAGAAUUGGAAGUGCUUGGGAUUACUGGAAGUCGAAUUCAGCAUAUAGACCCAAAUGUAUUUGAUAAUUUGAAUAAAUUGUCGAGUUUUUGGUUUGAGAAUGUUCCAUGCAUUGAGACUAGCAAUAUUUAUGGAUCCAUACCGAAAGUUAAAGCUGCAAUCAAAGAGAUUAAGACUAAAUGUGAGGAUAUUGAGUUUUGGGCGUUUGGAGUUAAAAUUGACAGCCUUAAAAAGCAGUCAGAAGUUUUAAGUUUCGAGGAUUUUAAGCGAAAAGUUGAAAAAUUUGAAAUUGAAUUUAAAAGCUCCAAUUUCUCACAAUUUCAACCACUAAAACGUAAGUUUGAGGAUCUGAAACACAUUAAAGUAAUUCAAUAAACUAAUACCAAGAAGUUGGAACCUCCAA